AUGACGUCCACAGACUCUGUCGUCACGACUUCCUAUCUUCUAGGUAACCUUCACUGCCCGACUUGCGUUACCUUAAUACGCUCCCUCUUACACGAUACCUUUGGCGACAAUGUGCUAUGGGUUUCUCCAAACCUCGUUACCUCUGUCGUCACCAUCGAGCACAAAGAAAACUCCCCGGCGUCUGUCCAUAGUAUGCAAAGAGUUCUUCAAGAUGCCGGUUUCGAAGUUUGCGGCCUCAACACCACUGCAAACUUUGCGAAUGAUCUCUAUCGCACAUCUCAGGUUCAUGGGGAAAGCAGCCGUGUCGCCGAAGACUCAGAUGGAUGGCUAAAUUCCUUCUUUCAUUUCUGGCGCCCGCAAGUCUCACCGUUGGCUUUGGAGGCAGCUCGUGCAGCUCACCUUGAGAACUGCGAAGCAUGCAAAUCGGAGGAGGCCCCUCAGAGGCUGUCACCAUCAGAUGAUAAGCGACAGCUGGUGCGAGUCUCUUCUACCAUCUCCGAUGCCCCAACAAGGCGCUCAUCCAUGCCCUAUCCUAUGCAGCAAGUUGUCACAGAUACGGCACCAACCUCGAGGUGGCGAGUAUCACUCUCUGUCGGCGGCAUGACAUGUGCUGUAUGUGUCAACACAAUCACUCAGGAGCUUGAGAAAUAUCCCUGGAUCACAAAAGUAGCUGUCAACCUUGUGGCCAAUAGCGCAACCGUCGAAUACACCGGUGCGGACCGGGCCCAGGAGAUUGCCGAUGCUAUCGAGGAUCUGGGGUAUGAGGCUGCAAUUGAUCAAGUGGUCAAUUUGGAAGAAGAGCAGAAGGUGUCGAUCAACGAGCGUGAGGUCGAGGUUCGUGUUGAUGGUAUCUUCUGCCCGCGAUGCCCAGAACGAAUCAUUACAACCCUCAAGAGUCUUGCCCCUGAUCGACUACAAAUCUUCCAGGAACCUACCAUUGAGAAUCCUAUACUAAGACUUCGGUAUGCUCCUGAGGCUCCUAGCUUUACCAUCAGACACGUUUUACGAGCCAUUGAAGCGGCCGAUGAGUCUCUCAAAGCAUCUAUCUAUCACCCUCCAACCCUCGAGGAGCGGUCGCGAAUCAUCAGAGCCAAACAUCAGAGAGCUCUGUUGUACCGUGAAAUCCUUACCAUUAUAUUCGCCAUACCUACUUUCGUUCUUGGUAUAGUCUAUAUGAGCUUAUUGCCUGAUUCUAACCACGGAAAGAUGUUCCUCAUGAAACCUUGGGUUUCUGGACUCAGCCGCCUCGACAUUGCUCUUUUCAUCCUCGCUACCCCAGUCUACUUCUUUGCCGCCGAUGUGUUUCAUAUCCGCGCAAUUAAAGAAGUCCGAACAAUGUGGCGCUCGGGAAGCCGCAUGCCUGUCGUGCAACGUUUCUAUCGGUUUGGCAGCAUGAACAUGCUUGUUUCGUUGGGAACCAGCAUCGCCUAUCUAUCUUCGGUCGCACAGAUGAUUGCCGCUGGAGCAUCUAGAAGAAACCACCAUGGAUCUGGAGCAGAGAUGUAUUUUGACUCAGUCGUCUUCUUGACUCUGUUUCUCCUUGCGGGCAGACUCAUCGAAGCUUACAGCAGAUCCAAGACCGGCGAUGCAGUGGAGAUGCUGGGAAAGCUUCGGCCAACAAUAGCUCUUCUCGUAGAGGAGGAUAAGACGGGAAGCCAAGUUACUAGGACUGUACCUGUUGAUCAGCUUGACUCUGGAGAUACGAUUCGCGUCCCUCAGGGUGCAUCUCCGGCUGCUGAUGGCAUCCUUGUUGGUGGAGAGACCAGCUUUGAUGAGUCGAGUCUCACUGGCGAGUCACGCCUCGUCAAGAAAGCAGAGGGUGAUCUGGUCUUUGCUGGAACCAUAAACAAGGCAGCUGCUAUCACUGCACGUGUCACUGGUGCCUCUGGAAGAUCAAUGCUCGACCAAAUUGUUCAAGUUGUUCGGGAAGGUCAAACGAAACGAGCACCUAUAGAGCAGAUUGCCGACCUCUUGACCACGUAUUUUGUACCCGUCAUCACGCUCAUUGCAGUACUCACCUGGGUUAUCUGGAUGGUAGUUGGUUUUGCUGGCAUUGUUCCGGAUCAUGAGGAGACUUCUUCUGGCGGCUGGGUUGUCUUUGCCCUCCAGUUCGCCAUUGCCGUAUUUGUCGUCGCAUGCCCCUGCGGUCUUGCACUUGCAGCACCUACAGCCAUCUUUGUAGGCGGAGGCAUCGCGGCUAAGCACGGUAUUCUUGCCAAAGGUGGUGGUGAAGCGUUUGAGAAGGCGAGCAAGAUUGAUUGCGUCGUGUUUGAUAAGACGGGUACCCUCACUGAGGGCGGGGAGCCACAGAUUACUGAAUCCGUCCUCUUCCCAGACACUGAAACGGCCGAAGAAGAACUCCAGGUUCUCCUUUCAGCGCUCAAGGCCGUUGAGGAAAACAGCAGUCAUCCCAUCGCGAGGGCGAUUGUUUCAUUCUGUGGCGAUGCUGCAGCUACCAGUGUCGAUGGCUUGGAGGAGCUGGCCGGGAGAGGUAUGAAAGCCUCAUUCAAGGGCGUCGACAACCAAGCAAUGGACAUGGUUGUGGGCAACGAACUUCUCAUGCGAGACUUUUCGAUCACGCUAUCGCCGCACAUCUGCUCUCUCCUUGAAACUUGGAAAACUGAAGCCAAGUCUGUUGCGCUAGUGGCCACGAAGCCAUCGUCCGCAGGAUCAUGGACACUGGCUGCGGCACUCUCCAUCUCUGACCCAAUCCGACGGGAGACCAUUCCUGUCAUCAAAGCUCUUCUCUCCCGUAGUAUUCAAGUUUGGAUGUUGUCCGGUGACAACGUCACAACGGCCCGCGCGGUGGCGCAGCGUGUAGGGAUCCCCUCAUCUAAUGUCCUAGCUGAGGUCCUCCCUUCGGACAAGGCAGCUAAGAUCUCAUCGCUCCAAGCCUCUCUCCACGCAAGCGGCUCAACAACCAGACGCGCAACUAUCGCUAUGGUCGGCGACGGAAUCAAUGACUCCCCCGCACUCACAACAGCCGAUGUGGGCAUCGCCAUAGGAACGGGAAGCGACGUGGCCAUUAGCAGCGCAGCCUUUGUUCUCGCAACGUCGCAGCUGACGGCUAUAGUCACGCUCUUGGACCUCAGCCGCGCCGUGUUUCGACGGAUUCGUAUCAACUUUGCGUGGGCCCUUGUGUAUAACAUGCUUGCCGUGCCCGUUGCGGCUGGGUGUUUCUAUCCGAUAGUGACUUCAGGCGGAGAACAUGUCAAGCUGGAUCCCGUGUGGGCAGCUCUCGCGAUGGCAUUGUCAAGCAUCAGCGUAGUAUUGAGCAGUUUAAGCCUGCGGGCUCGGAUUCCCGGUGUCGGAUUUCGGUACUGCAAGGUUGAAAUGGAUGAGGAAUAA